AUGGAUGCCAAACAACAACAAAUUGGCAAGGAAUUGAAGGUUGCCAACACCCAACAACGAAUUGGCAACGAAUUGAAGACCGGUGGACAAUCAAUUGCAGAAGAUGGCAAUGUUGACACAGCCGUCGAAAGAGACACUGCUGUUGUUUGGGAACAAGCAAAUGGGACUCUGUUGGAUGAUGACGCCCGUCAGCAACA